ACUUCUAUUUUUAUAGUGCCUACCAGUGGCUACCUCGUGCUUUCAGAUAAAAAGAAUUCUCGGUUGUAGGUUAGAGUGUACGUUGAAAAUUAUAUUAAAAGUAAACGUAAGAUUCCAAAAUAGUUCUCCCUUGUUACGCUGAUGUAAAUAUAUCUUUUAUUAAUUAUGGCAGUCCGUGUGCAAUUCGAAAACAACAAUGAAAUUGGAGUAUUUUCGAAGUUGACGAAUUCAUAUUGUUUGGUGGCAAUUGGUGGUUCCGAAAAUUUUUAUAGUGUAUUCGAAGCGGAACUGGCUGAAACGAUUCCUGUAGUACACGCGUCGGUAGCAGGAUGUCGUAUUAUUGGACGAUUAUGCGUUGGAAACAAAAAUGGAUUGUUAGUUCCAAAUACAACUACGGAUACGGAAUUACAACAUAUACGAAAUUCGUUACCAGAUAGCGUAAAAGUACAGAGAGUCGAAGAAAGACUCUCUGCUUUGGGAAACGUGAUUGCUUGCAACGAUUAUGUAGCUUUGGUCCACCCUGAUCUCGAUAGAGAGACUGAAGAGAUUUUAGCAGAUACUUUGAAUGUUGAAGUAUUUAGACAAACGGUAGCGAGUAAUGUACUCGUUGGAUCGUACUCGGUUUUAUCUAAUCAAGGUGGUUUGGUACAUCCGAAAACUUCUAUUCAGGAUCAAGAUGAACUCUCUUCGCUUCUACAAGUACCGCUCGUUGCUGGUACCGUCAAUAGAGGUAGCGACGUUAUAGCUGCAGGUAUGGUUGUAAACGAUUGGGUUUCCUUUUGCGGUAUGGAUACAACUUCAACAGAACUUUCUGUCAUUGAAAGUGUUUUUAAACUUUCCGAGUGUGUACCAGCUGCUAUUACAUCGACUAUGCGCGCGUCUCUUAUAGAAAGUAUGUCUUAAAAAAUAUAACAUCUCGAUCCAGGACACAAAUUAAGCAGAUUAUUUCAUGAUAUAAUAUACUAUACAGUGUACAUAUUCAUAGAGCCAAUGUUACGUGAUCACAAGUGCACGAUACGAUACGAUGCUUUGAACUUUCUCCUUUUUGGGCACUACUUUAUAAUUCCAACUAGAAUACUUUUCGCUGUAAUGAGACGUUCUAUAUUAAAAUUUGUAAGAAA